AUGGCCGAUAAUGUGAUUAGGAAAGCCUGCGAUCGCUGCCACCUCCAGAAGCUCAGCUGCAAGCGUGUUGCCGACGAGGCUUGCGAGCGCUGCGUCCGACUACACGCCGAGUGCAAGUCUAGUCCAUCUUUGCGAUAUAAGAAGCCCCAGCAUCAGCAUCGACGCCAGCAGCAACAGGAGCAGCAGCAGCCAAACCCACAGCCGCAGUCGCAGCCACUGCAACAGCAGCAACAACCCCAACAACCACAGCAACCACAGCAACCACAGCAACAACAGCUGGAGCAACAGGCUCAUCAGCAGCUUUACCAAUUGCACAUAACUCCGUCAAAUCAACAACAGCUCCCCCACACAGACAGCCAGGGGCCACUGGCUGAACGGAGGACUCAGAAGAGACGGAGAACCGGGGGUGAACUGAAUACGGCUCAGCCCGAAACAGGCGAGGCAGACUCGUCAACUCCUCAGACUGAGGAACUCACCACAACAACUCAUUCCGCCGUGGGACCCGAAGCCUCCCUAGACCUUGGGAACUUUGGAUACGACUUUGGACAUCCAGAAUUUCUGACGCAUUCACAAGCAGACCACUUGUCUGCGAUACACGGAGCAGUCGAAGCAUAUCACGACCCAGAAACAUAUCAUCAAGCGCCACCCACCUCCUUUGCAGAGGGUGUCGGGAAUCAGUUCCAUCGUGUCGAACCUAUCACAGUUGCAAGGAGAUCGCUUUGCGUACCUGAAGUCUUCAACUCUGAGAGUCGUCAGCAAAGGCGAUCGAAGCCCCGACGCCGACAAAUUGAACUGAGACCGGUCGACCCCGACCCCGACCAGGAAGCAAAGAAUCAAGAGCCCGACUGGAUGGCGCAGCUGUCGAACAUCAACGCUCGUCUGCUGGCGCUUGCGUCCAUCCUGCCGCAGCAGCAGGGGGGGGCAGGCAACGGACCAUUCGCGGCCGAUGGCGUUCCAUUCCCCAUUGACGAAAUGUACGAUCUCUCCGGGAGCGUGGCCAAGAUCCUAGAGCGCCUGUCUAAGAAGGACUUUAAGGAAGACACUUUCCUGGACGGCUCAGAUCCCGGAAACUCCAUGUUUGUCCUCUCCGUCUACGUCCGCCUGCUCGACUUGUACCAGAGGGUCUUUUCCCUCCUGCGCCUCGAGCUCCCGCACGCAAAGUCGGGCGCGCGGUUUAAAUCCUGGAAGCUCCCCGACGUCACGGUUGGCACGUUCACUGUGGAUUCAAUGCCGACGCUUCAGCUGUCACUCACGGUCCAGUUGGGCGAGGAGCUCCUCGCGCGCCUUCGCGAAUCGAUAGCGAGGCUGUUGCCAGGUCUCCGCAAUGACGAGGAGCAGGCGGCGGGUGGGGGAGCAGAUUGCAACUCCAUGUUCUCUGAGGUCGUCGACAUUUCGUCCCGCGCGAUGAAGACCAAGGGGGAGAGCUUGGCUAAAAAGUUAGCUGACUUUCGGGACGAGAUCGAGGAAUCCUUGGCCGCCUGA